AUGGAAGGGCCUACUCCUAUUUCAGCUCUUAUACAUGCCGCUACUAUGGUAGCAGCAGGAAUUUUUCUUGUAGCUCGAUUGUUUCCUCUUUUUAAAGCUCUACCUUUAAUAAUGUAUCUUAUCUCUUGGAUAGGGGGAAUAACAGCUCUAUUGGGAGCUACUAUGGCUCUCGCCCAAAAAGAUCUUAAAAGAGGCUUGGCUUAUUCUACUAUGUCUCAAUUAGGUUACAUGAUGUUAGCUCUAGGGAUAGAUUCCUAUCGAAUCGCUCUGUUCCAUUUGAUUACACAUGCUUAUUCCAAGGCAUUAUUGUUCCUAGGAUCCGGAUCAGUGAUCCAUUCCAUGGAACCCAUUGUUGGAUAUUGCCCCCGUAAAAGUCAGAAUAUGGCUCUUAUGGGUGGUUUGAGGAAAUAUAUGCCAAUUACAGGAAUCACUUUUCUUUUAGGGACACUUUCUCUUUCUGGUAUUCCACCUUUUGCUUGUUUUUGGUCUAAAGACCAAAUUCUUAGUGAUAGUAAGUUAUAUUCUCCCAUUUUCGGGGGGAUAACUUGGUUCACAGCAGGAUUAACUGCCUUUUACAUGUUUCGUAUGUAUUUACUCACUUUUGAAGGGGACUUCCGCGUAAAUUUAGUUAAUUCAUAUAACAACCAUAUUACAUUAUAUUCGACUUCUAUGUGGGGAGAGGAGGAAUCCAGGAUAUUAAAUAGAACGAGAGCAGAUUCUAUGUCGAAUCAAAUUAUAGGAAGGAAUAAUUCCUUUUCCAAAGAAGCAUUUCAAAUUUCGAAUAAGAUGGUAGAAGGAGGUAUUUUGUUUAUCUAG